AUGAAUCUUGAACAGAACUCGCCAGCUAGGUUUCAACUAUUCAAAGUAUUGGCCAUAUUGAUGCGCUCGCGCGAGUAUCAUGUCACAGAAGCAUUUCUUUACCAACUACUAGAAUUGGCCUCGGGGUAUAUUGACCGUCUACUCACCAGAUUACUAGAAUGUGCGCAGCUUCAAAGGCGGCGGAAGCCCUCGCUAUCAGAUAUGCAAAUGCUUUUCAAGCUAAUGGGAAUCUCCGUGGGUGACUUGAUACCAGAAAUAGAUGUUUGCAAGCAUUUUCCUCGCAGGAAAGAGAUUGAAGAAACGAGUCGAAGCGAGCGGCGAGGCGAAGAAUCUGAAGAUGACUCAGCUUCAGCUUUUGGGAGCGAACUGUAUUCGAUUUCUGAAGUUGUGCCCAACUUGCGCGACAAACCAAGCUAUAUACCGUCGUACCUACCGGACCUUCCUCCGGACUAUACAUACCAUUCAACAGCAACUUAUAGACAGCCGUUGACGGACUUGAAACAGUUGCGGAUCAAACUAGUAGAGGAGCUGAGAUUAGCGGAAAAGUCGCUUUAUAGACUUAUCGAAGACGAUGAAAGAGAGCAGUCAAGCAGGAGCGUGUUUGAGAAGGAGAUCCGGGAGUUGGAGGAAGAAAAAGAAACAAACGAACAUGAGAGCGAAAUGAACCCUGCAAGUGCAAAUGAAGUAACCAUUAAUGCCACAGUCGAAGCCCCGGAACAGAAUGUUCCGUUCACGUUUGAUUUUGAAAAAUACGCCAAGAAAAGGAAAGAGAUUCGAUUGAAGAAAGAGGGCAAGCAGCAAGAGACGAAAGCUUUAAAAGAGUCAAAUGUGUUUUUGAAAGCGGAGCUGAUAUACGGUCCAUAUGCCACGAAAGGGCCCACCAAGGAAACAGACUUGUUUUUCAAAAAUGUAUUGGACAGUGAGUUUCGGAACGUGAUUGCCUCGUUGAGAAGCGACGACAAAAAGAGAAAACAACGGGAAGCGGAGGCGUUGAAACAGCGGGAGAUGGAAGAAAACGAGAGGCGGAAAAUGAGUGAGAUUCGAUUCAAUUUUGGUCAAGAGCGGCUUCGAAAUGGAUACUCUAGUGAUAUGGACGAUAACGAUAACGACCUGAUAGACUUGGACGUGGAGAUGAAAGAAGCAGAAUAA